AAAAGAUUUUUUCAUCUAGUAAUAAGAAAGGAUAUAAACAGAAAAAUCUAACCCAAGCUCUAUUUGACUAUGUGGAAGAAGAAGCCAAAGCACCAGUAGCUUCAACAUCUGGAACUUCCGAAACUUCUAAGACAUCCAACCUAUCUGAGCCAAAAAUCAUUGAGCGGUCUCAAAAGGACUAG